AUCGGCUGGGGCGGGAACCAUGAGGAUGUGUGGACGAGCCCAGCCAAACGACCCAAUCUCAUCGUCGCCGUCGUCGUGAGUGGGGCCGAUGAUGCUUGACAGAAAAAGCUGGCGUGUUUAAAACGUUGCCAGCCUGCCCUUCAUGGUGGAAAGUUGCGGCUGAAGAAGCUGGGAGACAGAGCGAGUUUAUAUUAUUUUGUCGUCCUUCUCGUCCGUGGCUCCUACUGUUCGAUCAAGAGACCUCCAGCAGGAGAAGCCUCUUAUAUCGGUCGCGCAACGAUGCGCAUUACUUUUCGCGUAUUAAUCGCUGUCGCCUUGGUCGUCACUAUCCUGCUAGUCAAGAAUCAUUUGGAUUCUCUCGAACCACAAUGGCAAGUCGAUCGCGGCGCUGACCUUGCGCCGGAGUUCGUGCUGGAUAGCGCAGGCGCACAUAUCGAGCUGGUCUCGGCAAAUCCCACACCACUUUCACCAACGCACUCUUCACAUUCUUCACAAGCGUCAUACUCUCCUUCGCCGAUUACACCGCAAUCAAAUCCUGCGCCGCCGUCAAAAACAUGGCCCGAGCCGACGAAGGUGCCCGUGACGCCGACCAAGUUUGAUCCGAAAUCAAUCCCGGUGGAUGUGCCGGGCGCGUAUGAUGAUAUUUGGCAAUAUCCGUUCUGGAUGGAUAGAGAUGAUAACAAGGGAAUGAUUCAUAAUCUGAAUGUGAAGCCCAAGCCCAAGCCCAAGCCCAAGUCGACUCCCAAACCCAAGGUCUCGCCGUAUCCCGAUCGCAUUGUCGUCUUGGGUCGUAUGUCGUGGGAGAACUCGGAUUGGUUGGAGGAGGAGUUGCCCGAAUGGCAACAUGCUGUCUACGUGGUCGACGAGCCCGACUCGGAACAUACCGUUCAAAUGAACAAGGGCAAAGAAUCCAACAUUUACCUCCAGUAUAUUAUCGACCACUACCACAAACUCCCCGAAUAUAUGGUCUUCCUACACGCCCAUCGCACGUCCUCCCAUGUCGAAUUCUGGGAGCAGGAUAACGCCUUGACCAUCAAACGCCUCCAAUUGAAUUACCUGAAGAAGGUCGGCUAUGUCAAUCUUCGCUGCGGUUGGUACCCAGGCUGCCCGGAUGAAGUCCAUCCAUUCCGCCAGUUGGAAGGGCGCACGACGGAAAUCGCCUUCGCAGGCGCCUGGAUCCGUAUCUUCAAUAAUACGGAUAUUCCCGAGGUAGUGGCUACCCCGUGCUGUGCACAAUUUGCCGUGACCAGGGCACAGGUUCAUGCUCGGCCUUUGAGUGACUACCAGUCUUUUCAUCGCUGGCUGAUGGAGACUGAGUUGGAUGACGAGACGAGUGGUCGUGUGUUUGAAUAUUUGUGGCAUAUUAUCUUCGGGCAGGAUCCCGUCUUUUGUCCCUCAAAACAAAUGUGUUAUGAAAAUGUAUAUGGAAUGGAGUGGGACUCUGCCUACGAGGAUGUUUUGGAGGACUGGGAUGGUGAUGAUUUUUGGUUCGCACGAUGAGUGAUCUGUGUAUAGACUGUGAUAGAAAACUCGCUCUGCAUAGCAUUAAUGCAUCUCGAGACGAAUAGAUACG